AUUUAAUGAAGUAUUUGUUACCAGCAAUUGGGUUAGCGAUGCUUGUAGUGAUCCCUUCAUUAGCCUAUAAAAGAUGCAAAACAGAGAAUCCUGGAUUUCAACUACAGGCAGACUCGUACAAUUUAACUACAUGAAGAAGAAUUUCUCACCAAGAACUUCAACUGGCAACAAAAAGGUUCAACUCAAGCAACUCACUUGGUGAAGGAAGUUUUGGAUCAGUAUACAAGGGAACACUUUCAGAUGGGAUGAAUAUUGCAAUAAAAGUUAUAAACUUGCAAGUAGAAGGGGCAUUUAAGUGUUUUGAUGCAGAGUGCGAGGUAUUACAGAAUGCUCGUCAUCGCAAUUUAGCCAAAAUCAUUAGCAUUUGUAGCAACGUCAACUUCAAAGCACUUAUAUUGGAAUACAUGCCAAAUGAGAACUUAGAGAAGUGGUUAUACUCUCAUGAUCGUUGUUUGAAUUUCUUACAAAGGUUGAAUAUAAUGAUUGAUGUUGCAUCAGCGUUGGAAUACCUUCAUUACGGUUAUUCAAAAGUUAUCAUUCAUUGUGAUUUGAAGCCAAGCAACGUUUUGUUAGAUGUGGAUAUGGUUGCACAUGUUGCUGAUUUUGGCAUGGCCAAACUCUUAGGUGAUGAGAAUUCUACGAUGCUUACCAUGACUCUUACAAGUUUGGGGUAUAUGGCACCAGAGUAUGGAUUAUGAGGAGUUGUUUCUAUGAGAGGGGAUGUGUAUAGUUAUGGCAUUUUACUAAUUGAGACUUCUACAAGAAAAAAACCUACAGAUGACAUGUUUGUAGGAGAAAUGAGCUUGAAGCGUUGGGUAAAUAAAGCAUUACUUAUCUCAACAAUUGAUAAUAUUGUUGAUGCCGGUUUGUUGGGAAACGAAAGAUAUCAUGUUGCCUUGAAGGAGUGCAUAUAUUCAAUUAUGGGAUUGGCUUUAGAUUGUUGUGCAGAGUUGCCCAAACAAAGAAUCAACAUGAAAAUGGUUUUAGUCACGCUAAAGAAGAUCAAAACAAAGUCUUUAAGAGAUGUCGAAGAACACUAACAUUAGCCUUGUGUUUGUUUAAAUGUUUUCAUUAUGUCUUUCCUAAUGAUAAAACGGUAUAUAUAGAGAUUGUCAAGAAGAGAGAACUUGUACUGUUGAAGUUACUAGUUACAGUAUAUAAUAAGUAUAU